UGACUUGGUGCUCAGUUAUAAAACUGCAGCGCGAUCGAACGGUCAUUCAUAAAUCGUUUAAACGUGGAAGAGAAGCAUUUUUCAUUAUUGAAUUAUCAGUAACGGGAACAUAUCACAUAAUCAGUUUUCUAAAAUGGUCAUCAAUUUUGCUGCGGGUCCAGCCAAGUUGCCGGAAGAGGUGCUUGCGGAAGUGCAAAAGAGCUUAUUGAAUUGCCAUGGAAGUGGAAUAUCUGUUAUGGAGAUGUCUCAUCGAUCCUCUACGUACGGCAAAAUCCAAACGGACGCAAUGAGUGCAUUGAGGAAUAUUUUGAACAUUCCCGACAACUAUAAGGUGCUGCUGAUGCAAGGUGGCGGCACUGGACAGUUUGCUGCGGUUGCCUUGAAUCUAAUUGGCCGUACCGGGACUGCAGAUUAUGCUGUCACCGGUUCGUGGUCAGCUAAAGCUGCCAAAGAAGCUGCUCAAUAUGGAAAAGUAAAUUUGGUGUUGCCAAAAUUCAGCAAAUACACCACAGUUCCGCGCUUAAACACAUGGGCCAUGGAUCCGAAUGCAUCUUAUUUGUACUACUGUGACAACGAAACUGUUGAUGGCGUGGAAUUUGAUUUCGUACCGGAAGCCCCUAAUGGAGUACCUGUGGUUUGUGAUAUGUCCUCCAAUUUCCUGUCCCGUAAAUUUGAUGUGAAACGUUUCGGGGUUAUUUUUGCUGGAGCUCAGAAAAACAUUGGUCCAUCCGGUACUACUGUCAUCAUAAUCAGAGAAGAUUUGUUAGGACACCAACUGAAGGAGACACCAUCCAUUUUAAACUACGCGUUAAUGUAUAAAAAUGACUCCUUGAUGAAUACUCCAAAUACCUUUGGAAUUUACGUUACGGGUUUAGUCUUCCAGUGGAUUCAGCGCAAUGGCGGCCUCGAUGGCAUGGGGAAGAGAUCACACACCAAAUCACAAAUGAUAUACGAUGUAAUCAACAAAACAAAUGGGUUUUUCUUCUGCCCAGUAGAGGACAACGUUCGAUCGCGCAUGAAUGUACCUUUCAGGAUUGGCGGACCGCAGGGCGAUGACACUUUGGAGAAGGCAUUUUUAACCAAAGCCGAAAGUGAAGACAUGAUUCAAUUGAAAGGUCAUCGUUCAGUAGGUGGAAUCCGAGCAUCACUAUACAACGCCAUAACAGUAGAAGAGACACAAAAGCUAGCUGAUCUGAUGUGGAAAUUUUAUGAAAAUAAUCGCAAAUAAAAAACACAAAAUUAUUUAUUUCAUAAAUACACAAAUAUUGUUUAUAAAGUGAUGACGUUAGUUAAAUCAUUUUACGUGCCCUGAAUACGUCAUCUAAUUGUGCUUCCAAAUAAAUAUUUGUUCCCCGCAAA